AUGACAAAAGGUACAUUCUGCUCCCUACUAUCAAAGCGAUCUCUCGCGGCAAGCUUUUGCCAUUAUGUCAAAAAGUAUUCACACUGUUUGAUCCCCAAUCAUCUCGAUGAUUUGGUGGAGGAUGAACGUAUUCAACAACUUCUGAUACGGACUUGCUACUGCUGCUGCUUGUUACCCUCUAUGGCGAUACCUGAGGCUGACACGUCAGCAAGGAACAGAUGUCAAUUGUCGAUCAGUGGCUCCGUGCCCUGUUCAGAGAUGAUUUGA